CUCUCCUAUAUUGGUUUUUGAGAUUCUGUUCCUGACUUGUAAAGUACUUCAUGAGCAAGGACUGUUUAUAUUAAUACAUAGCAUUAGAAAGUGUACUUGGCAUUUUAUAAACAGGCCUGUGCCUUGCACUGAAGAUCUUACCAUCUAAAUCCAACAAGAAAGUAGUAAAAGAUAACAGUUCAGGAGAGAGAGAGAGGGAGCAGAAUGUGGUGGUGAUGAACAGGAAGAAUAGAUUUCUGGAAGAACUGGGCUUUAAAGAGGAUCUAGUGUACAGAAGUAGUGUUUCAAACAUAAGAGCAGCAUGAGGGAAGAGAAAGGAGAGUCUUAGAAGGAACUUAAAGAGCAAAUGAUAAGAGUGAUAGGAGAGAGAGAUGAUUUUAUCCAAAGUGCCAGUGUUAGACUGGAAAAGAGGAAAGGUUGUAAAGGGGAAGGUCACAGUAAGAAAGAUGAGAAGUGAAAGAGAACCUUGGUAAUGAGGAAAGGGCAGAUUUUAAAUGAUAUUAAUAAGAGAAGCAGCAUUCAUUGGAAGAGUGGAUAUGAAGGUUGGCUAGUAGAAAAGAAGAACUGAAGAUGACACCUGGGUUGCUGGUACAUAUCUGAAAUGUGAAGAUCCACCAUCCAGCUUCUGGACAGUAGAAAGAGCUUGCGGUCACUUCUGCCCCUGCAAAGACUCCUGGAUGCUUUAAGGAGAAGGGAAUAUAAACCGAUUGGUAAAAUAGGCGAGGGAACAUUUUCUGAUGUUCUGAAGACACAGAGUCUUAGGGAUGGAAAUUACUAUGCAUGCAAACAAAUGAAACAGCAUUUUGAAAGUAUCGAGCAAGUGAAUAGUCUGCGAGAAAUACAAGCACUGAGGCGACUGAAUCCACAUCCUAAUAUCCUUAUGUUACACGAGGUGGUUUUGAAAGGAAGAGGCAUCUGUAGACAGGUCCCACCAGGGCAAGGAGACAUAAAACAAAAUGUUGGUUGCCAGCAGGAACAUGAUGAAUUCCAUGGCAUUUUGGAAAAACAUCAAGUUAUUCAUCAGCAGAAUUGUGAAGUCCACAGGGGCCCUGUUUUGAGAUUAAUGAGUGACAGAAAAUCUGGCUCUCUUGCACUAAUAUGUGAACUUAUGGACAUGAAUAUUUAUGAGCUAAUAAGAGGGAGGAGAAAGCCAUUACCUGAAAAAAAAAUAAUGAACUACAUGUACCAGUUAUGCAAGUCCCUUGAUCACAUGCACAGAAAUGGAAUAUUUCAUAGAGAUGUGAAACCAGAAAAUAUAUUAAUAAAGUUUUCGCAGCAGGAUACCCUGAAGUUAGGAGACUUUGGAUCUUGUAGGAGUGUAUAUUCCAAGCAGCCAUAUACAGAAUAUAUCUCUACACGCUGGUACCGAGCACCUGAAUGUUUGCUCACAGAUGGCUACUAUAGCUACAAAAUGGACAUGUGGAGCUCUGGCUGCGUUUUCUAUGAAAUCACAAGUUUCCACCCUCUCUUUCCUGGAUCUAAUGAAUUGGACCAAAUAUCAAAAAUCCAUGAUAUUCUAGGCACCCCUGCUAAGAAAACUCUUAAUAAAUUCAAACAGUCAAGAGCUAUGAGUUUUGAUUUCCCCUUUAAAAAAGGGACAGGACUAUCUCCACAUGUGCCUAAUAUCUCCCCCAAGAGCCUCUCCCUUAUGUAUGCGAUGAUAGAAUACGAUCCUGAUCAGAGAAUUGGUGCCCACCAAGCACUACAGCAUCCUUAUUUCCAAGAGCUGAGAACAGCAGAGAAGCAAGCUGUAACCAUGCACAGAAAAAUGAGAUUAGCAGAAAACAUAGUGGGACAAGAAUCUAUCAACUUGUGGUGUAUUCCAAAGGAUGGUAAUAGGCAGCACUCUCUUAGGAAAACCCAGGAGAAUCCAGUAAGACAUCAUGGACCUUCCUAUGCAAUAGAAUUGCCAAAACUGAAUGUUUCUGGAGUAACCAAGUUGACUUCUUAUCCUAGUCCUUCAUUUCAUUCGGUUUUUACUACACCUGCAACAAAUGGUGAAGUCCCUGUGUUACAACCUAUUAAAUAUAUUGGGACAAAUCACAAGUCUGAAAAACAGAAGGAGCUUAAGUCUUCUAUGAAACAAUACCACUUACCCACUAUAGAAAGAAGAGGUGGAGGAUAUUGACCAGCUUGUCAAAUAUUUGGAAUGUAAGGAAAAGCAGGAGUAUACAGUGAAACAGAUUCAACCAUGCUUUCUAUAUUAUUGUCAAAGGUACACCGAAAGCAACAGUGCCUUAUAUUUUGUUUCCCUGAAAUGCUGCAGGAAAACACUACAAGACUAUUAGCACUUUGGUACUUUAUUUCUGAAUGGUAUCAAUAUUUAUCUAAGCACCAUUUUGGCAGCUCAAAAUGCACUUUAUACUUGAACCCCUUUAAACAAAUUCGCUUUUUUAAUUUUUUAAAAACAAAAAUGGAUAAUUUAGGAUUUUAGUUGGAGGAAUGACAUUUUGUAAUUAAGUUUUAUAUUAUAUCCAAAAGUUUAUGAUGUUAUUUAAGACUUGUUAAACUUGAUCUGUUCAUUUUGUACCUUUUUAACAGAUGAAAAUGUUAGUUGCGUAGACAAUGUUGGAAAAUAAUUACCUCCUGUAUUAGGUUGAUAGUUUCAAAGCUCAAGUCUUGUUAAUAUUUUAUGGAUUAUGAUAUAAUUUGAGAAACACCUGAUUUUAGUAAAAUUAAAUAGUUUUAAUUACUUGUAUAUGCAAAGGAUAGUUGCAUCCGACGAAGUGGGUAUUCACCCACGAAAGCUCAUGCUGCAAAACGUCUGUUAGUCUAUAAGGUGCCACAGGAUUCUUUGCUGCUUUUACAGAUCCAGACUAACACGGCUACCCCUCUGAUAGCUGUACAGUUACAUAUCUGAUUCAUAAGCAAAUCUAUCUUUAUCAUUUGUGUCCUUUUCUUUCUUAAACCAUGCUUUUGUAUUAAUCAAAAGCUUUACUGAGUCUGGUGGUUUUGCAGUUAGUUGGUUGAAAUAGUGGUAAAGAAACAGCAUAUGGAUUUAGACCAUUUUUUCACAUUUCACAAAUUAUAGGCACUCAUUUAAUAAGGUUCUCAGCUUUUUGUGCUGUAGAAGCCAACAAAAUUCAGAAAUAGCAUUUUGGUCAUUGUAGCAGAGGGAUACCAUUUAAGGUAAUGACUAAGAGUUCAGUGUGUUUGAUUUUUAAACUUCAGUAUCCUAGUAAGAAGGAAAAUUGUCAGUUA